ACAAACAGCCAAAGCUACUAAACCAGAUUUGAAAUUAUAUUUAAGUGAUGUAGGAGGGACGUAUGCUAAUACUAGCUGGAUUGUAAUCACGUUUUUGAGCGUUUAAAAUAUGUACGCAUAGGUAAAACACAAUUUUUGGGGGGGAUAUACUGUUUGGUAAAACUAGUGUCAGUGUCAUAGCUAGCUAGCUAAUGUCAGGGUGAAGCACAUCAACAGAUGCUGGUUAGUUUUAAUGCAGCCUUUAAUCUGGCAGGAUCUAACUAGCUGAACACGGUUUGCAACAUGGGACGGAAGAAACAGGGGAAGUUUGUGCGCUCUGACAACAAAGGGAAAGACAAACGGCAUAAAAUGAAAGGGAAAUCUUUAGAGGCCUUUACAGAAGAAAUGCACACUGCUUUUGAAGCAAGCCUUCACAUCGAGGAGGGAGCCGAGGCCCAGCAGGUGAAACUGCCGUGUCCACUUGCCAUGUGGGAGUUGGGUCACUGCGAUCCCAAACGUUGUACUGGCAGAAAGUUGGUGCGGAAGGGCUUUGUGCGCAACUUGCGCCUCAAUCAGAGAUUUAACGGACUCAUACUGAGUCCAAUGGGGACGAAGUAUGUGACACCAGCAGACAGAGAGAUCGUGGCUCAAAAUGGGCUGGCAGUGAUUGAUUGUUCGUGGGCCAAACUGGAGGAGACGCCCUUCAAAAAGAUGAUCGGCGCUCACCCCAGGUUACUGCCGUACCUCGUAGCUGCAAACCCCGUCAACUACGGCAAGCCCUGCAAGCUAUCUUGUGUUGAGGCUUUUGCUGCCACAUUCUGCAUCGUAGGGUUUGAGGAACUGGCAGUGCUCUUGUUGAAGAAAUUCAAGUGGGGGACGGUGUUUCUGGAGCUCAAUAAAGUUCUUCUUGAACGCUACGCUGCAUGUCAGUCAGAGGAAGAGCUGCUGUCGGUCGAGAAGGAGUUUCUCACGUCGAAACCAGAGGAGGAGGAAUUUGACCCGUUUGAUGUUAACUCUGGAGUCGAAUGUAUGAACCUCAACAGACGUCCUUGUCCACCUGAAGAUGAUGAUUCGAGCGAGGAUGCAGACACCUCGGAGGAUGACGAAGACGAAGCAGAGGAUGAAAAACCAGAAAGCAACGAUGAGUCAAAAGCAGUCUCACAUCAUGAUGAAGAAGAAGAAGAGGAAGAAGACUGACUGAAAGACUUCACAAUAAAGCAGAUUUUAACGAUGGAUCCUUUUGAUACAAGGACUGACAAAACUGUUUUUUGACACCAGAGUCUUUCAUAUAAACAAAAAAAAGUUCUGACUUUGUAAACUAAAGUAUAUAUAAAAAUGAAACAAUAAAUUGCUAUUUUAUGUGACUAAACUAAUCCA